UAUCAAAUGCUAUUGGCAAGACGCCUUGAUAGAGGUCUUUCGUCGGCACUCCGCUCAACAUCUUGUCGUCCCGUUCCAGCUCUUCGUCGUCUCGGAUUCUCUGCAGCUCGUGCUUGUCCCUCGCCGCGACACAGCAUUUCCAUUUCCACUUCGAGCUCAACCAAAAGACCAGACAGCGGCGCAAUGGCUGAAUAUGCAGAUGGUGUGGGCGCUUGGGGCGCAUGGCAGGUCGAGCCGUCCAAGUUUACGCAGCUCGUUGUCAACUCGAUGAGGACGCUAUAUCCCGAAGAGCUCGCCGACCGGAAAUGGGACAAUGUCGGGCUGCUGGUUGGCAAUUCCGAGAGCGAUGCCAAGAAGCUCGAGCCCACCGUCAUGGUGACAAACGAUCUCACCUUUCAAGUCGCAGUGGAUGCCAUUGGCCAGGGCGUCAGCGUCAUUGUCAGCUACCAUCCCUUCAUCUUUUCCGGCUUCAAGUCAGUUACGAAUAGCGACCCCCAACAAGCUACACUCCUACAGUUGGCCAAGGCUGGCAUUGCGGUCUACUGCCCGCACACGGCCGUGGAUGCUGCCCCCCAGGGCCUCAACACAUGGCUCGCCGACAUCGUAGCCGGACCCCAUAGAAGCACCCGGUCGGUUGCUAUUCCUUGCGCCACGGCCCCCGAAUCACACUCUCCAGCUGGAUAUGGCAGCAUAGGCAAGUUCGAGGACGGUGCCUCCGUGCCCCUGGCGGAGAUCAUCAAGCGACUGGCUCUCAAGCUCGGAGGCCUCAAACACAUCAUGAUUGCGUCCCCUGUUGGCGCUGACAUCAAGACUACCGCGGUGCGCAGCUUUGGUGUUUGCGCAGGAAGUGGAUAUGACGUUCUCCAGUCGGCCGAUGUGGACCUACUCGUCAUGGGUGAGACGAGCCAUCACUCUGCUCUCAAGGCCAUCCAGCAAGGCAGAACCCUCAUCCAAGUGUUCCACAGCAACUCGGAAAGAGGCUACCUCCGAGAGGUAUUGAAGCCCAGCUUGGAGAAGCUGCUCAAGGAGGCCGAGCCCAGGGCAGAAGUGAUAUUGAGCGAGUAUGACGCAGACCCGUUCAAGAUACUGGAUGUGAGUACCUUGCAGGAGGACUAAGAGGCGUGAUAAAUACGGCAUCAGGUAGAUUGGAUUCGUUGCACAGCAACAAAGGCAGGGCGGUCAUUGCUUCAUGGCAGGCGAUGUGUUAGAAUGCAAAGGCCCGUAUCGCCC